AUGAAGUUGUCACUUACAACCGCUGCUCUUUUGGCAGUUUCUCCUUUGACUGAAGCUACCAAGCCGCCAGUCACUGCCAAGAAGCUUCAAAAGCUCAUCACCGAGAAAGGUUUGAUGAAGAACUUGGAAACGCUCAAUGAUAUUGCCUAUGCUCAUGGAGGAAACAGAGCAUUUGGUUUACCUGGUUAUGCCGCCUCAGUAGACUUCAUCUACAAGGAGAUCUCCAAGCUCAAGGGCUUCAAGACGUGGAAGCAGGAUUUUCCUGCAAACUUCACUCAAACUCUAGCCGCUGAGGUCACAGUCGAUGACGAGACCUUCAGAACUGUUGCAUUGACCUACACACCCAGCACUUCUGAGGAGGGUGUCACUGCUGAGCUUGUUCACGCCCCCGAAGGCGAAGAUGCUUGUGAUGUGGCCAACUAUGAGGGUCUGGACGUGAAGGGAAAGAUUGUUCUUGUUGAGCGCGGUCUUUGCCCUGAUCAGACCACCUUUGCUGGCAAAGUCAAGCCCGCCGCUGCUGCCGGUGCCGCCGUCGUUGUCAUCUACAACUCUGACGAGGCCAAGCUAACUGCAGGUACUCUGUCAGCUAUUAGCCCGGACUACGUCCCCACAGCCCUCAUUGAUCAGGAGCCUGGCAAGGCUCUUAAGGCCAGACUCGAGGCCGGCGACAAGAUCGAGGCUUUUGCAAAGAUCAUUCAGACUAUCGAGACACGAAUCACACAGAACGUCUUUGCCGAGACCAAGGCUGGUGAUGGCGAGAAUGUCGUCAUGCUUGGUGCUCAUCUUGACUCCGUCCAGGCUGGACCCGGUAUCAAUGAUGACGGUUCUGGAACAACCCUCAUUCUUGAGACUGCCAAAGCUCUGCAACACUUCUCUACCAACCUCAAGGUUCGUUUCGGUUGGUGGGGAGCCGAAGAAAACGGUCUAGUCGGCUCUCGCUACUAUGUCAACAACCUGAAGAAGGACGACGUUGACAACCUUCUGGCUUACCUCAACUUUGACAUGGUCUCUCGCGGUUUCUUUGGUGUCUUUGACGGUACAGGUGAAAAGGCUGGUCCUGGCGGACCUCCUGGCUCUGAUGUCAUUGAAGAUCUCUUCCGCGAGUACUUCAAGGCCAAGGACAUCGAAGUCACACCUGUCGGUCUUACAGGUGGAACCGACUACGUUGCCUUCCGCGAGGUUAUCAAGAAGCCCGUUGGAGGUCUCUUCACCGGUACUGGUCUUGAGCAGGACGCAUGCUACCAUCAAGCCUGUGAUAACAUCACCAACCCUGUUCCUGAGACGCUUCACAUUAACGCACAUGCUGCCGCGCAUGUCCUGAGCAAGCUUGCUAUCGAUGGCGUGGAACUUCUUCCCAAGACACCUGCCAAUACUACCGUGGGAUUCAUUAAGAGGGUUAGAGAUGAGGCUUCGUUGCAUUUCCACGAUGUCAAUGUUGUUGAAGGCAAACCUUGCGAUCAUGACAUCGUUUAG